AUGACCAAAACCAUUCUCAUCACCGGCGUUAAUGGAUACCUUGCGUCCAACAUAGCCACCGCCGUUUUGAACGCCGGUUAUCGCCUGCGCGGCACCUGUCGUUCUAAGGAGCGUGCCUCGCGUCUGCUCAAUGGGCCAUGGAAGCCCUACGUAGACCGAAUCGAGAUUGCCGAAGUGCCGGAUCUCUGUGAAGUAUCUGGUUUUGAUGAAGCCGUCAAAGGUGUCUCUGCAAUUAUCCAUACGGCUGCGCCUGUUAUUGGUCCCUCCAUCACCCAUGCAUCGCAACUCAUCACUCCAACAGUCAAGGGCACGGAAAACCUGUUGAACUCAGCUUUGGCUUAUGCAGGCUCCCAGCUUGAGAGCUUUGUUUUCACCUCGUCUGCGGCGGCAGUCAUCACGCCUGGUGCGCAGCCUCCGCAUACUUACGACGAUAACAGCUGGAACAAGAUUCAUCCCUUACUCUUGGAGGACGGGGCAGAGAAUAUCUCCGUUUAUGAGGCAUAUCCGUGUGCGAAGAUUGCGGCGGAGAAGCUCGUUUGGGCUUUCAGGGAUACCAAGAAGCCUCCAUUCGCCAUAAGCGUCAUCUGCGGCUCCAUCGCCACUGGUCCACCCAUUAUCCUCCCCGAAACCGCAGACAAACUCCCUCUAACCCUGGCCCCCGUAUACAACGGCCUCAUUGGUAAAGACGUGCCCGGACCCCAGGAUUCCAUUGUCAAAAUUGCUGGGUCAACUCCCUAUGUCGAUGUGCGCAAUCUGGCAGCCAUCUACAUCUGGUGUGCGGAGAACACUGCCCAGUCGGAUGGUGAACGUUAUCUCGUGGUCGCGGGACAUGGUCCCAAGCAGGCUAUUCUGGAUAUUCUGAGUGAGGAAUAUCCCGAGCGGCGGGGUGUGAUCCUCAAGGGCAAUCCGGAUCAGCGCUAUAACAAGGACUGGACGUUCGACGAGGGUGGUGUGGUGUUUGACUCGACGAAGGUGAAGAAUGCGGUUGGGUUGCAUUGGAUCCCGUAUGGUCAGAGUAUUAUUGAUACGGCUAAGUCUUUGGAGCCGUUGUUGGAGGCGGAGAAAGAGGGCUUGUUGAUUUAA